GUAAUAUCUGGCAAUAAAAAUAAUUAUGGAAUCCAAUUUAACAGGAAUCCCCGGAGAAAUCAGGAAGAUAAUGCUGCAAGGAGUUUACAAUGAUACUUUUGAAGUCGUUUACAAUGGCGGUCCUGAGUGAGCCAAGGAGUCUACACUGGAGUUUAAGUUCAAACUCACUCUUAGACUCAUUCCUUUGUACAUUUUAGGAGCGUAUUUUCUAUACAGAUUCAUAAAAGGGUCGAGUCAGAGGAAGCCAUUGUUUGUAAAUCCUUCGAUAGUGGAAAGAUUAACAGGGAUUAUUUGUUUCUUCUGCGUCAUGAUUCAGAUUUAUACCAAGGCAAGAACAAACACAAUGAUUUUCCUGUUAAAUCCAUGCCAUGUAUUUACUCUCUGUUGGGGUAUAGUUCUAAACAUGAAGCAUAGCUUGAAAGCAGAGCUACUCUUUUUAUUCUGAAUUGGAAAUGUUUCCGCUCCAGCCAUUGGAAUGGUUUUUGCUGAAAAUGAUGAGCUUGAAACCCAACUUGAAAUUAUCAGUUACUGGGUUCAACACUGAGUUGCUGCCUUUGUAGCACCAUGGGUCUGCCUGAUGAGCGGAAGAUUCGCUCAUAGUGUUUAUACAAACCCAUUAUAUAUUCUAGUCGGAUACCAGUUUUUCACAGUAUACAUGAGAUUCUUCCUGACUCCUUUAUCAGCAAUGACGUGGGCUAAUCUCAACCACACAUUAUGUGGAAUCGACAAUGAUCCAUGGAGAGUGUAUUUCAACCUAGGAAAGUAUUUCUACUUCUGGGCUGAGUUCUAUCUUCUCUUAGGAGCUAUCACCACUUGUGUGCCAGUCUACUGGAUCGCCAGAAUUCUUAGACCAAGUGUCUUCAGAAAAACAGCUGAACUUGCUGAACAAAAGGUUAAAAAUGAUUAGCUAAUUUUCAAGACACUGCAAAUCUGA